ACUUUACAAACUUUUCCUUUUUCUCGGAGCGCCGCUCAGGCGGGCACAUUCUAACGCCUCUACGCAAUGCGCGACAGAUGAGAAGAUCCGAUCAGAGCGGUAUCCUGCCGCGAUUCACCAAUUCGCCCGUUGCAAAGUAAAAUGCAGCGGUCCGCUUUCGUCUGCCGGUCCUGUCUUGCUCGAGCCGGCCUGCGUGUCCGCCUCUAUGCCCAGAACGAGAACGACCAUGGGAAUGGACAGCGCCUGCGACAGUCCAGUACCCUGACGCCGCCUCUCGCCCACGACAUUGGCAGAGGCAGACAGCUAGCGCUAGCAUCAGUUCCAGCGCCAGAACCAGCAUCGGCCUCGGCCUCGGCCUCGGCGCGCCAAACAACCCCCCAAACCGACCUCGCUAGUGCCAUACCUCGCCACGUUGACCGAGAAAACAAGGUCUUGGAAGUGCUGCAAGAUGGAGCAAGUCAAUGGAUAAACGGGCCAGGAGGCAGCCGGCACAUAGUAGACCCAGCCACGAGGUGGAAAACGCGACACCAACAUGCUCGAGAGAUUUUCGAACUAGAUCGGUCCUUGAUGUUCCAGAUGCUCGCUCGCAAGACAUGGUCCCGGACUCAGGCACAGGAUGCGGCACUGUUCCGAGAUUGGAGGGAUGGCUUCGAGGCUGCCUAUUGGCACCUCUACACUCGAGGCAACACAUCCUUGGGUAUGGAGCCGUGGAAGCCGCCCGAGUUUCCCACGAAGCUGGAACGCACGCCUGCUUUUGGAUUAUGGCGCCGGUGGGCCGACAGCAAAAAGAGCGUUUUAGAAAUGAGGGAAGAAUGGGAGGCUCGCCCCAGAAUCGUGUACAGGAGUGUAGAGUGGUGCAAUGUCGUGGCACUGACCCUCCGGUACACUCCUCACAUAGCCUGCGAGGUGUUCGAGGCCAUAUGGGCGGACUCCGCCGCGCCACAAUACGCGCUGAGGGAUGUCGUCACUUUUCUAUGUCAUAGUCUAGAGCUGCUACCCCCCGGCGCCCGGCCGGAACGCGCUGCGGCUGUUACUCGUCUGGCUGUCCAGAUGUUGUCUCAACGUUCCGCACGGCGCAUCAGGUUCAAAGAUGAAGCAAUCUCGUGCUUGAUAGGUCUCUUGGAUCAGCCCAAGACCGUGGCCGAGCUGUACUCGGCCCUCGAAAGCAACUACCACCCGCUUAAAUUCUUCACCAGGCUCCGGUUUGCCAACCGGCUGGCGCCGAUUGUGGCACACAAGCAAAUGGUUCUCGACAUGCUUGGGGACUUGGUCGCAGAUGCGAAAAAAAAAGGUGUAUCUUUUUUCGAGACCCACGUCGGCGGCGCCCUGGCCACGUCCCUCUUAUCGUUUGGCCGGGCAGACCCCAAUGACCCAGCCCAAGUGGUCCUCCGCGUAGGUGUGUACCAAGCCCUCAUCGAGGCCGGGCUGCGGCCGAAUCUCGCCAACUUCACGGCCAUCAUCAGGGGGUUUGGCAUCAACAAAGACUCGCGCACGGCGAUGAAGGUGUUCAAGUUGGCGUUAGAACAAGGCAUCGAGCCCGACAAGUUCCUGUACUCGACCAUGUUUCACGCCAUAAAACUCGGCGGGAACCCGUGGUUGAUGGCCAGGAUCAUUGGCAUGGUGUCCGAGGGUGGCAUCCGGGGGGGAUCGCUAAUCUUCUGGAACGAUGUGCUCCACGCCAUCUACUUGAGCGCGUGGCGCGAGGUCAAGUUCCUCCGGAGCCCUCGGCGCGAUGUCCGCAGCUUCGAGGUGAUGCUUUUCGCCUAUUCGAAGAUCUUCAAGAUGGAUAUGCUGAGAAAGCUCAUUCCGUCUUACCACCUGGAUAGAAUGCUCGAGUCCGUCACAGAGACCCUCAAAGGCACGCGGCCAGCUUCGCUCUGGUUCACAAAGGUGAGGCGGGUGGUCGACGAGUUGCCAUCCUCUACACCGCCCCGAAGCCUCUUUGAUCCCGACAACUACACACUCGCAGUCAUGGUCCUUAGCUUCGUCAAGGACAUAUCUCACACAUACACCAUCAUCACCUGGUACGCGCACUUUCGGGCGCUGCUCAAGAGCGGCGACCCCGUGGCACUCAUACUUGUCAAGGGCAGCGACGCCUUCCCCCAGACAAUUGUGUACGAUUCCGUCAUCAAGCGGGCGACCGAGAUAGACGGCCGGCUGCGGUUUGCGCUCGACGUCUUUGAUGAAAUGCUCCAGGAUUCGGCAGCGGGCGCCGCGGCAGGCCCCGGCGACAAGACGCCGCGGCACCCGGCGCCCAGCAUCUACACGUACAACAUCUUGCUCGACGCCUUCGCGCGGAGUCGAGAGUCGGCUAACAGCGAGGCCCUCCUAGACUUGAUGCGCAAGAACGGCAUCGAGCCCAACAUUGUCACGUGGAACAGCCUCAUAACCGGCCACGCCAUCAGGGGGAACAUUGUAGAGACAGUAAAGACCAUGCAGAACAUGGAGCUUGCCGGCUGCGUCCCCGACAGGCGCACGGGAAGCGCAUUUAGGUUCCUACAUGGCGUUGACCGGACAGCUGCGUACGAAAUGAUGGACACGAUGGUGGGAAAUGUGCCACCUGCCGCAGAGGCGGCACCAGAAGAGGCACUAGAAGCGGCACCGGAAGAGGCACCAGACCUGCAGCGACAGGUUUCGGGCCGAGAGGCGCAGCCCGUCCUGCCGAAGCAGAAAAGAGGCCCUCGGGCGCAUCGGUGGGCAAAGAACCAAUUCUCGAAGCUGGAGGAGCAAUUGUCGACCGAGGACCCGUCUUCGGACCCCUUCUCCCAGUUGUCUGCUACAGAAGCAGCACCAAGGGAAGCAGCAAAGCGUCUCCCGUCGGCGGGCAAGAAACCCGCUAUCGACACCUUCCCACUGGCCCCCUCUCGUUUUCCCCAGGCCACAGGAGACACUCCCAGGCAAUAGGCAUACAUGUAAUGAAAACUCGCCUCUCUGUCCAGGCACACGACCGCUCGAAAUGUGCAUCACUUCCGUGUAUAUACCCUGUUGUUGUUAUUAUUACUACAUAGUAUCGUCAUUCUCGUCGUCGUCGUCAUACCUGCAUCUGCAUGGUUUGGAGCAGGAGGUUGGCUACUUACCCAUUAUAGACGGAUUUAGACGGGCAAGAACCACUGUAUUUGUAUUUAAAAGAAGGGGGUGGGAUUUGAAGCGUAUAGAAUAAAUCCAUGGACCUAAAUAUAUAUAUAUAUAUAUAUAUGUAGAUACCCGCUUGCAAAGAGUCA